UAUAAUAUAUUCAAAUAUUUGGAAAUUUUAAGUAUUUGAAAAUUUUCAGUAUUAAUAAAAACGUACGAGAAACAAGCAUAUAAUUUUGUAUUAAAAAUUAUAAAUUGCUAAAAGUUGUAGAAGAAAAACCAGAGAAAAAGAAAAAAAGCUUUUCAUUUUAAUCGAGUUUUAUACGAGAAACAUUACUUACAAAACAAAACCAACCAUCAACAUGAUUAUGAAAGUACCCUCUAGUGACUGGUCGGACCAAUUUGAGCAGUAUAUAAUUGAAGAGGAAUCCGACAAUGAAUUGGAUGAAUUAGAUCAAGAUUUCUCCGAGUAUUUGUGGAUGGAAAAUGAGGAAGAGUUUGAUAAAAUUGAAUUACAGCGCCUUGAGGAUGAGGAGCUCAUGAAUGAAUGCAUUGACGCCAUGCUGGACGAUGAACUCGAGGAGCAACUAAACGAAUGGGACAAAGCUAAAAACGAAGAACUUAGAGCAGCUCUCUCCUCCUUGGCAGUCAGUGAUUGCAAUGUUAGCGAUUCAUUACUCAAUCCUUUGGCAGCUGAAUUUAUACCACAAAGUCAUUUAAUUAUUGAUUUGGGUUCAUCAUAAACCAGACAUACAGAGCAGCAGACUAUAAAACAAAUAUUAGAUGAUGAAGAAAAAAGUAUCUUGAAUAUUCUCAUUUAAGUAGUGAAAACGAUCUCCUGGUUUUCUAAAAAAGCUGUUUAACUAAUCACACAAACACAUAUUUUAACAGUAUAAAACAAGCUAAAAAAAACCAAACAAAAAAAUAUUAAAAAAUAAGAAAAUAUUGUAAGGAAUUUAACACUUGUUGCCAUGCAACCAAAAACAGACUUAGUGUUUUAUUAAAAAUGCUUAAAACCACUAAAAAAAACUAAAAUGACAACAAGUUAAGACUUACAAAAACCAAAAAAAAAUUCAACGAAAAAAAUAUGAAAAAAAUCAAGCGUAAAAAACUUAACGCAAAAAAAAUAUAAAAUACUUGAAAAUUUAAAAAAAAAACUUACAAAAACUUACAAAAAACAUUACAAUAUUUUUACGCUUCAAAAUCCAAAAUAUCAAUAAUUAUACGCCUCUCCAAUUAUUUUUUAGAAAAACGAAACCUGUAAUUAAAUUUUCGCUUAACUUUGCUGUCAUUGUUAUCAACAUUCGCGUUUCAAAUUGAAUCGUAUUGAAAGAAAAAAAACGUUUUCAAAAAGGUGUGUGUUUUAUUUUUUAUUACGAAACAAUCUAAUUCAACUUGAAUAUUUUACUUUUUUUUGUACAAAUAUUUUUAAUAUAAACUUUAAUGUGAUAUAUUUAAGCUUUUUGUUUUAAGACAAUUGUCUUUAUAUUUUAAUAAUGAAAAGAAAAUAUUCUUUUUUCGAAUAGUUUUUUUUUAAUAGAUUCAAUUGUAGCAACAUACACACACUUUUUUCUUGUUAUUUAAUCUUUAAGGCAGUAUUUAAGCAAUUUUUUUUUAUCCAAAUCAAACCCAAAUACUCGUUUCCUCAAAAAACUUCCAAACUUUUAUUUUUGUUUUAUUAUGUAUUUAAAAUAUUUAUAUAAAUACAACUUCUUGAACCUAGAGGCUCUUAUUUUGCCUUUAACUCUCAUUUAUUCAGAGUAGAAUUGUAAUAUUUUCCUUGUAAAAUUAUUUGUAAUUAAAAAAAAGAAAACAUAAAUAAUAACUAUACUAUUACACUUUAAAUAUAUUUGAAUCUGUAAUAUGUAAAUUGUUAUCUCUUUCCCUACUCGCUUGUUUAAUUAUAGUUUUUUUUUAUAAUUUUUAUAUAAUAAGAAAACUUAACAAUUUAUUUCCUAACAUUUCCUUUUAUGUGUGAUAUAAAAUAUAAAAAAAAUGAUAAAAAAAAGUUAAAAAACUUUAAAAAAUCUCAAUAAAAAAGUAUUACGAUUAAAUAUAAAUUUAAAAAUAAAUAA